AGCGCACAGAGGGGGUCCUGAUCUGAGGGGCUGAUAGGGCUGAAGGCAGCAGCCGGUGUGCUUGAGAUAACGAUUCCAGACCAGAACAAACUUCAACCAUCCAUCACGCACGUUUCACAAGAUUCACAACGACCGGGAACAGGACAAGAAGAUAUAAAAAAUACCGUACCACAUCCAUGGAUGAAAACAAGCCUUCUCGUAUGUAUUUUAUCGGCAAGAAAGAAGAUCUCAUUCAGGCCAAGAGAAUGAAUGUGACUCUGGAUGGAAGAGACAUUCUUAUUAUACAUCACCAAAGAACUUUCUUUGCAAUGGACCUGCAGUGUUACCAUGCCGGCAGUAGUUUAGAGCCUGGAGAUAUUGAGGAAAUCAACAACAAGCUCUGUAUUGUGUGCCCAAAGCACAAGUAUAAGAUCACUCUGGCAGAAGGUGAGGGGUUAUACAAGGCCAGCAACCCCGCAGAAAAAGUCCCUACUCCGCGGUGGUAUUCCAAAGGCAUAAAGCAGAGAGUGCACAAAGUGACAGAAGUAGACGAAGACAUCUUUGUGACGUUGUCCAACUGCCCUGGGUGGAUUGAGUCAGACUAUUAUCAGACCGAGAAGGGCAGGGCAGAACUCAGAAAAGCACAGGAGUCGGAGGAUGGAGAAGCAGACGUGAAUGCAGAUGAAGACGUUUAGUGUGGCAGCACCAGUGAGAUGAGAGCUUCAGGGAUCCUAAGGGAACUGCAUAUAUUAAGAUUGAUGAUUUCAGAGUGAGUCGGCAUGAAUAAAACUGCGAUUUGACAUCAUGAAUCAAAAUAAUAUCAUAGACCUUUUCUGAGACGGUGCCAGGAUCUCUCUUCAUCUUUAUGAUUCACAGUGAUGCCUGUCUAUCAGCUCCGUUUGGUAGGUUUUGCAAAAUAAAAGCCUAAAAUCUGCAAAAAUGUAAACAAACAAUUAUAUAUAUAUAUAUAUAUAUAUAUAUAUAUAUAUAUAUAUAUAUAUAUAUAUAUAUAUAAAUGUUCACUUAUUUAAAAUUAAUUGUUAAAUAUAUGUGCUAUAUAAUAUUUUAUUUCGUCAUAUUAUUACAUUCAUGGCAGACUUAUGCUUCAGUGAAUAUACACAUUUUUUCUAGCACACAAUUUCAAACAGGGAGCUAAUAUUCACAUUUAUAUGUCUCCAAUAACAUUUACUUUUGCAUACGUUUCCAUUAAACGCCAGGUUGAUUCUUGCACCAACAUUUAACUUGUUAUUCUAUUAUAAUUUCAUAGACGAAAUAUCCUGGAGGGACAGCGACCAUCAACUCUAAGAGUAGCAAAAAAAAAGUAAAUGGAAAAGUGCCAGAAAUUAGACAGUUGUGCUAUAUGUCAUAUUUCAUGUUCACAUUAUAAAUUAUUUGAUUCGUUUGGCUCCUGUGUGCUGAGAAAUCAUCGAAAUUGGGUGAUUAUAUGAGAGAUUGUGCGAAUUAAAAAAAAAAAAGUCAAAAGAUGCAUGUAUUUAAAAAAAAGUUACAUUAUAAUUGUCUUUACUGUCACAUUUGAUCAAUUGAAUGCAUUCUUGCUAAAAUAAAACUUGUUUUUUUUUUUU